AUGGCAUCAACAGCAGCAGCCAGGACCUACCUGGCCUUCCAGCACAACGCAAAACUCCACAACCUAAAGACCAUCGUCACGGCAAUCCGCCCCUUUGCCGACCUCGAAGAAGUCAACCGCGGACUCUUCAAAGACGGCAGCGACCAAGACCACGUCGUCGUCACAGAGCAAACCAUCUUCCACCCGCAAGGCGGCGGCCAACCCUCCGACACGGGCUCCAUGACCGCCGCCGCCACAGGCGCCGCGGGCGCCUCCUUUGCCGUCACCUCCGUGCGCAUGGACGCCGUGCGCGACGGCCAGGUGCUCCACUUUGGACGCUUCCACGGCGGCGGGGCCGCGCCGUUCCGCGAGGGCGACGAGGUAGACCAGGCCAUUGACGUCGAAAAGCGGCUCCUGUACUCCCGCCUCCACACGGCAGGCCACGUCCUCGGCGCGGCGGUCCGACACCUCCUCGAAAAGGAGGUCGAGGGCUUUGACGAGCUCAAGGCGUCGCAUUUCCCCGACGCGGCGUCGUGCGAGUUCCAGGGGCUCAUUGAUGGGGCGUGGAAGGCGCCGAUCCAGGCCAAGGUCGACGCGUUUCUCGCCGCAAAGAUGCCGGUCAAGGUCGACUUUUGGGACGAGGAGGAUUUCCGGAGCCGCGGCCUCGCGAGGCUGAUUCCGGACCGCAGUCUCGCGCCGCCGGGGGAGAAGUUUCGGGUCGUGGAGAUUGUGGGCGCCGAGGUGUAUCCUUGUGGGGGCACGCAUGUUGACACGACGGAUUUGUGUGGGGAGACUGUUGUGAAGAAGAUUUCGAGGAGUAAAGGGAAGUCCAAGGUGAGUUAUACGGUGAAAUGA